GCGCUUGGAGGGCAGCGGUGGCGGAGCUCCAACUGCGGCGAUGAGCAGCAGCCGGAGCCGGGCGUAGGGAGGUGCCCGCGCAAGGGAGCGAGAGCCCAGAAGCGGAACUCUGGCCUGGCAAAGUCGGCACAGCGAGAGAGCUGCUGAGGCAUCCCUUGCCAGUACCCAGCUGGUCAUAGCAUGAUGCCUUUUGGGGGGAUCGCUGCCAAGCUGGAAAGGGACCGCCUGCGGGCGGAAGGUGUGGGGGAUUUCCACAGUGCUGUGAAGUACCUCGGUCAAGAUUAUGAGACCCUCAAGCAGGAAUGUUUGGAGAGUGGCAGACUGUUCGAGGACCCCCAUUUUCCUGCUGUCUCAUCAGUCCUAGGCUUCAAGGAAUUGGGGCCUGGUUCUAGCAAGACCCGUGGAGUGAACUGGAAGCGUCCAUCGGAAAUUGUGGAUGACCCUCAGUUUAUUGUUGGUGGUGCUACAAGGACAGAUAUCUGCCAAGGCGCUCUAGGUGACUGCUGGUUGUUGGCUGCCAUUGCCUCCUUGACUCUGAAUGAGGAACUUCUGCACCGGGUUGUGCCCCAUGGACAGAGCUUUCAGGAAGACUAUGCAGGCAUCUUUCACUUCCAGAUCUGGCAGUUUGGUGAAUGGGUGGAUGUGGUGGUAGAUGAUCGGCUACCAACCAAGGAUGGAGAGCUGGUGUUUGUGCACUCGGCUGAGUGUCAAGAGUUCUGGAGUGCUCUGCUGGAAAAGGCCUAUGCCAAGCUGAACAGCUCCUAUGAGGCUCUGUCAGGGGGCAGCACCACGGAGGGCUUUGAGGACUUCACAGGUGGCGUGUCGGAAAUGUACGAUCUCAGGAAGCCCCCUCGCGACCUGCCGAGGAUCAUUUGCAAAGCUCUGGAGCGAGGCUCCCUCCUUGGCUGCUCCAUUGAUAUCACAAGUGCAUUUGACAUGGAAGCGAUUACCUUCAAGAAACUAGUGAAAGGUCAUGCCUAUUCUGUCACAGGAUUAAAGAAUGUGGACUAUCGUGGCCAGCAGGUGCCCCUCAUUCGCAUAAGGAAUCCCUGGGGUCAGGUGGAGUGGACUGGAGCCUGGAGUGAUAGCUCUUCUGAGUGGAACGAAGUGGAUCCUGAUCAGAGGGACGAACUGCAAUUGAAAAUGGAAGAUGGUGAAUUCUGGAUGCCUUUUCGAGAAUUUCUGCGUGAGUUUUCCAGACUGGAGAUCUGCAACCUCACCCCAGAUGCAUUGACGAAGGAUGAGUUAAGCAGGUGGCACACCACCCUGUUUGAGGGCAACUGGCGCCGAGGCAGUACAGCAGGGGGCUGCAGGAACCAUCCAGCAACAUUCUGGAUCAAUCCACAGUUCAAGAUCAGGCUCUUCGAAGAAGAUGACGACCCGGAUGAUAAUGAGUUGGCAUGUAGCUUCUUAGUGGCCUUAAUGCAAAAGCACCGCCGAAAGGAGCGCCGGGUGGGAGGAGAUAUGCACACCAUUGGCUUUGCCGUCUACGAGGUUCCUGAGGAGAACCAAGGCUGCCAAAGUGUUCACUUGAAGAAGGAUUUCUUUCUGAGGAACCAGUCCCGGGCACGCUCCGAGACCUUUAUCAACCUGCGGGAGGUGAGCAACCACAUCCGCCUGCCCCCUGGAGAAUACAUCAUAGUGCCCUCUACCUUCGAGCCCAACAAGGAAGCAGAUUUCAUCCUGCGUGUGUUCACAGAGAAGCAAUCAGACACAGUGGAGCUGGAUGAGGAGAUCUCUGCAGAUCUUCCAGAAGAGGAAGAAAUGACCGAGGAUGACGUAGAUGAAAACUUCAAGAACAUGUUCCGGCAGCUUGCAGGAGAGGACAUGGAAAUCAGUGUCUUUGAGCUCAGGACUAUCCUGAACAGAGUCAUCGCAAGGCACAAAGACCUGAAGACUGAUGGCUUCAGCAUGGAUUCUUGCCGCAACAUGAUCAACCUGAUGGAUAAAGAUGGCAGUGCUCGUCUAGGCCUUUUGGAGUUUCAGACAUUGUGGAACAAGAUCAGGAACUGGCUGACUGUCUUUCGCCAGCAUGACCUGGAUAAGUCAGGUACAAUGAGUGCCUACGAGAUGCGUCUGGCUUUGGAAUCAGCUGGCUUCAAACUGGACAACAAGUUGCAUCAGGUGGUGGUGGCACGCUAUGCUGACGAUUCACUGGGUGUGGACUUUGAUAACUUUGUCUGCUGUUUAGUCAAGUUGGAGACAAUGUUCAGAUUCUUCCGUAGCAUGGAUCCGGAAGAGACAGGGACUGCUGUGAUGAACCUCAGUCAGUGGCUGAUGUUAACCAUGUGCGGCUAGAGCUGAGGUGCAACUUCACUGAGAAGAGCCGGUUGGACUCAAGUGCCUCCGUCAUGUCUGACUAAAGACCUGGGAUGGCCAUGCCACCUCCCUCCCUCCCUUACCACCCUGUUGCUGAGCCCCAAGCCCACCUUCCUUUUCCUCUUGGCCACACACACAGCUAGAGUUCCCCUUGAUUUAAGCUCUCUCGCUUCCUGGGAUCAAAGCUCCUGCUGGACAGAAGGGGAGGUGGCUCUUUUCCAAGAAGAAUGCAGCGUGUGUUGCCACUUUGAGGAGCUGAGGAAAAGCAAGAGAGGCAUGAAUGCAUGUUGGAUCACCGCAUGUAGGUUUAGCCUAGCCCCUUAUCUAGAGGGACAUCCUUUGGAGUUACCCAAGAGGGGGUCGGUGGGAUUGUGCUUGUUCUCUGAAAGGUUGGCCUGUUCCUUCUUCACUGGCUGCAGCUGCUCUUGACUUAACCUUACAAACCACCCUUGCCUUCUCUCUCUUCUGAGCACUGGGCAUCAACUGGCUUUUUCUCUAGUAAAUGCAGUGCAUCCUACCACUUUUCUGAAUUAAUGGAGUUCCUUCUGCCCCAAAGAUGGUGAAGUCACGCAUUCUCCUAGACCACUAAAUGAGUUCACCUUCUCGUGCUGCUCACCCUCUCACUUGCAGAGCAGGGGUGGGCAUCCAAGAAGCUGUGCAAGAGGCAUCUCGCUUUGCACACCUGCCUUUGCCAGAUUUAUGGGAUACUCUGAGGUGCCUUUGCAGAAGCUGUCCUCAAUUCCUGGAGACUGAGCUCAUGGCCUUGGCACCAAGAAUGGGAUGCCGCACAUCUGGAUUGCUGUGCUCUCCUCUCAAAACAGGAGGGGCUAGCCUAGAGAGAGAAUGCAGAAGUUGUCCUGUUAGGUUGGGGAUGUUGGAUAGGCAACCUAUUCUUUACUAGGAAACACACUGCUAAAAAAGGACUACUUCAGGUCCUAAAGUAAAAGAAUUCUGGCAUAAUGAACACCAAAUACAUUAUUUAGGGUGCAAUCCUAUGCAUGUUUCAUGGGCGGGGAGGGGAAAUCCUACAGCUUCCAGUGUGUUGGCUGUGGAAUGUGAGAGGUUUUUUCUGUUUAGGCAUUCAAAGGAGUGUAUCUUUAGCCUUUUGAGAAACAUUUAAAAGUAAUCACAACAGGAAAGCAGAAUAACUCUGGCAUGCUUUCUCAUAGUUGCUUGUUAACUCUACAAGAGUUUGGGGAAGAACCCUGUGCUAUUUUUUAUUUUUAAGUGAAAUUGUUCACUUUAUUUUUUUUAAGGCCAUGGAAAUGCUUUCAAGAUUCAAUUAGGGUCCUGUGGAGGCUGCCUAGAGUGUUUCAUAAACUGUAAGCUUCACACAGCCUAAAUUAUCUUCUCUAGUCUCCUGCAUUCUAGAUGUUAAGAAUGAGGUCUCCUGGUUUUGGAUAUUUCUGAUCCCCUUGCAACUGAUGCCAGAGCUUUUUGUUGGGUUCAUUAGAUAGGCUCUUUGCAUCUCUUAAGCUAUAAUGAACUGAUCAUGGCAAGCAUCAUGGAAAACACUCUUGGAAGAACAGGAUAAAUGCACUAUAAAUAAGCAGGCAAGGAUAACCAAAGAAUAAAGUUUCUUUCUGUGUACUGUUCCCAGCCUUAGCCCUGACUCGCUCUGUGGCCUUGGCUAAUUCUUUUUUCUGAAUUUGGCUUUUCCAUUCUGCGGAUUUCUGAAUGGAAAAAAAAUAAAUUGGGGAGUGCAUUGCUCAUGGAGCACUUUUUAAUUCUACUGAAUUGGCGCAGUAUCACUGCCCUGCUGUGCCUCUCCAUGCCUGUAGAUUUAGUAGAAUCAAGGCAAAAAUCCCAACUUAGCUGCAAUUUCAGCUUUCUGCAAGAAUCCCUCCUUGUUCCUUAGGCAUCUUGUGCAGGCAUGGCUUUUUUUGAGAAAGAAAUCUGGAACAUAACCUCAUUUUGGAUACAUUCACUCUGGCAGGAAUCAGGAUUUUCACACCACCUUUCAAUGUGGCUUUGGGAACACCUCUGUCUCUGGCUAAGCUAAAUAAAGACAAAAGGGAGAAUCAGGGUGCAGUCCUACAUAUCUCUACUCAGAAGUAAGUCCCUUGAAGGGUUGCAUCCUUCAAGCCUUUUGAGUCAUUAGCCUAUUUAGGGAAAUCACAGUUGCCUCCUGUACUUUCAGAGGUAAAGUCUGGUGCCACAGGGGGAGCAGAGAUUCAUUUUAUUAGCUAUUCUAGGUGCCACAUCACCACUCUGUAAUCUUGUCCUCACUCAAAAACUGUGUUUGCAGUGGUGAACUAAACUGUACAAAUAAGGAAAUACAAACCUGCUUUGCAUAACCUGUUCCUGAGGUUCAGGUUUUCAGAGGCUGACAGCAGAAUAGAAGUCAAGGGCUGUCCGGUCAUGAAUGUGCCACUUGAGUAGCUGUAGCAGAAGUGGAUGUGCAAAAGGGAACCACAGUGGAUCAGAUUCGGCUGCUCUCUUUCUCGCUUUUCCUUCCUCUCCCUUUUUUCUCCCAUGAGGACAUUCCAAGGCCUGGAGAAGAGUCUCUCUCCACUGCUUUCCUGCUUCAGCAGCCUUGGGAUACCCCCCUGCCCUGCAACAGCCCCAGCAGCCCCCAUGCCCUCUGUCUGUGCCCCAGCCGGCCCUGGCCUGAGUGCUUUGUUACAGGGAUCCACAUCUCGCUGCCUUGGAAUGCUUGCAGAACAUAACCACUUCAGCUCAGAGAGCAGAGCUGCCUCCUCAGCCCAAUUUGCAACAUAUGUGAAGUAAUAAAUGCAGAUAUAUCUAA